UUAUUGCACAUCGCUAAACAAGUAGUGUCACUGUAACACAAAUGAAUUUACGAAUUUCUAUUUGAAAGAAUUAACAACAAUUGGAAUUAUUUAGAAACAUGUCGGAUGAAUUGCCGGAAGCAUUCGACUUGGUGGUGAUGGGCACAGGCUUCACUGAAUCCUGUAUAGCCGCUGCUGCAAGUCGCAUUGGAAAGACUGUGCUGCAUCUGGAUAAAAAUGAAUACUAUGGUGGUGACUCUUGGGGAUCCUUUAGUUUGGAUGCCCUGUGUUCGCUAUUGGAGAAGGAAGUAAGCGAAAGUUCUGCUUUGCGAAAUGGUAGCUAUACUUGGCAUAAUGUAGCUGCAGUUGAUUGGGAUACCGAUGCGCCCGCAGUCUGGACGCGCGAAGCCAUACUGGCCAAGUCACGACGUUUUAAUCUCGAUCUCUGCCCCCGUGUUCUAUAUGCCGCAGGAGAACUCGUUCAAUUGCUGAUCCGAUCAAAUAUUUGUCGUUAUGCAGAGUUUCGUGCCGUAGAUCAUGUCUGCAUGAAUAACAAUGGAGAAAUUUUAUCUGUGCCUUGUUCACGAAGUGAUGUCUUCAAUACUAAAAUCCUUACAAUGGUGGAGAAACGAUUGCUAAUGAAAUUCCUAAUGGCUUGCAAUGACUAUGGCGAGGACAAGUGCAAUGAAGACUCUUUGGCGUUCCGAGGACGCUCGUUUGUCGAGUAUCUGCAAGCGCAACGUGUAACCGAGAAGAUUGCCUCAUGUGUGAUGCAGUCGAUUGCCAUGUGUGGUCCAAAUUCCACAUUCGAGGAGGGCAUGCAACGUACACAACGAUUCCUAAGUAGCCUGGGUCGGUAUGGCAAUACACCUUUUCUGUUUCCCAUGUACGGUUGUGGUGAAUUGCCGCAAUGCUUCUGUCGUCUUUGUGCGGUUUUCGGUGGAAUCUAUUGCCUUAAACGCUCUGUGGACGCUGUUAGCAUGGACAGUCAAUCACAAGAACUUUUGGUUAGCUGUGAGGGAAAGACUCUGCGUGCCAAACAUUUGGUCUCGGGACCUGGCCAAGUACCCAUUAAUCCAGUGACGCCAAUGCGUCCAAACAUCUCUCGAGGAUUGUUUAUAUCGUGUAGCCCACUGGGAAAUGAAGAAAUAAAUAAAGGAGGCGGUGGUGUUAAUCUGUUGCGUCUGCUGGCCGAUGGAGGAACUCGCGAAGCUAUUGUUAUUCAACUCUCACACUAUUCUGGUGCAUGUCCAGAGGGAUUAUAUAUCUUCCACAUAACCACACCCGCUCAAAGCGAAGAUCCCAUUGCUGACUUGGCACCAUUUACAUCUCAAAUCUUUCAAAAUAUUUCCCAAAUUGUUUUCAGUUCCCAUUUUACGCUUUAUUCGCCUCAAUCUGUCGAGGCCAACGCACUGCCACUUUCUAUACAUUGCACUAGUGGACCGAUUUAUGAAAUAGAUUAUGAUGCAGCUAUAUCUGAGGCUCAUCGCAUUUUUAAAGAACUUUAUCCAAAUGAAGAGUUUCUACCACGUGCACCCGAUCCAGAGGAGAUUGUGAUUGAUGGCGAGGAUCCCAGUGCAUUGAAUGAGCAUAGUUUACCAGAAGAUUUGCGAGCACAACUACAUGAUAUGGAACUUAACUCAACUGAAAAUCAGUAGGGAAAUUGGCACAACAUUUUUUUUAGUCCUAUAUCAAUUCCAAAUAAUAUGUGCAACUGACUUUUUUGAUACGUUUUUCUAAUUAUAAGGUUACAUACAAAUUUUUGUAUAUAUAUAUUUAUUAUGUAAAUUAUGUAUAAUUUCUAAAAUUACUAGGCAUAUAUUUAUAUGUGUUGUGUAUGUGUUUGCAUAUGUGUGUGUGUGUGUGUUAUCUAUGAUAAAUAAACUUUCCAAAAAUAUGGAUUUGCAAUGCAUCAAAUAUAUAA